ACCACAUUUUUUUUAAAUUUAUGAAAGAUGGACUUUAGCAUAAAUGAUUCCUAUUCUGAAACAGAUGAUCUUAAUUCCGAAAUUGAAACACAGUUAUAUUCUUUGCUUCAUCAUAAUUAUGACUCCGAAAUGAACUAUAAUGGAUAUUUCAAUAAUAGUUUGGAAACGUAUAAUACCCCUUACCAAAAAAGCUAUUCUAAUGUACCCUCUACCUCAUUUAGCAAUUUGACACAUUCUAACCGAGAUAAGAAUAAAAAAAAUUUAAAUCUCAAUAAUUUACGUGAUAACUCUAGUUGCUCCAAAAAGUUGCCUGGACAUGGAGCUUUAAACCCAUGUACUUCCAGAAGAUAUUUUGGUUCCAAAACGACAUCGACUUCUACACAGAUCCAGAAUGAUGAUUAUUUAUGCAAAAUUUUAGAAAAUCUGCCUAACAGUUAUUGGCAAAUUUCUAAUCAAGAUAUUCAUGUAAAUUCCAACAAAAUACAGUUUCCAAAAUGCACUAAUUGUCUUAAAAAGGGUCAUAAAGAAACUGAAUGUCCAUUAAGUUAUGUUAGAAGGAUAUGCUUCUUAUGUGGCUCAACUGGUCACAGUGAGAGAAUGCAUAUUUUUUGUCAUAUUUGCUUGGACCUUGAUCACAUGUCGCAUAAAUGUCCUUACAGAAAUAAAGUUUACAAAUUCUGUCAUAAUUGUGAUCAAAAAAGUCAUUGGAGAGAAAUAUGCCCAAGUAUUUGGCGCCAAUACCAUUUAACCACACAAAACGAAAACAAGACACAAACGAACGCAAAAUAUUCUAAUCAUCGUAAAUCGAAGAAAUCUUUUACGAUCGUUAAUUACGACGAACAAGGAUUGGAUGAUUUAGAUGAAAUGAUAUGUUGCUAUAAUUGCGGAUAUAUGGGACACAAAGGAAAAGAAUGCGUAAAAUAUCGUAUGACGAAGUUUGUUCCACAUGAUACCGCUAUCAUAAAUUAUAAUCAAUGUCCAAUUCCAGCCCAUAGAAAUUUGGCAUCCCAAUUGCAUUCCGAUGCGCGUAAAGUUUUAGAGGCCUACCCAUCUUAUCCCACGACACCGGUGCGACCCCUAUUUAAAACGCCAAACGGAUCAAUAAAAAAUUUGAAUCAUUCGAUUGAAUCUAAUGGAAAGCGGAAAUCCGCGGAAAUCAAAAAAUUGUACCACCAUCCCGAGCAGAAAAGGGUUAGACAAGAAUCGUCUACUUCAAAAGUGAUGUUACCUAAGUCCCCAGCCUCGAUUUUAAUGAACGCCAGUCCAUCUAUUCCUAUUGACAGAAAAUUAUGUUCACCCAAAAGAAAUGCAUUCACCAAAACUGAAAAGCCCAUAGAAACAACACCUUUGGAUAAGGCAAAAUGCGAUGUCUCAUCUAAACUAGCAUCAAUUAACAAGGCGGGAACCACAAACAAAACAAUACAAAAUCCUACAAAUGUCUCGUGCAACGAAAUAAGCGACUCAUUCGAUGAAACAGGUGAUUCUCUGAUCGGGGCUGACAACGAAACAAGCGGGUUUUCUGACGAUAAAUCGGGCAAUAUUUUUCUUAACGAGGAAUCGGACGAUUCAUCGGUCAUUGAUGAGGAUGAUAAUUCUUUCGACGAAACGAGCGCCUCUUUUGACGAAUUAGAAGACUCAUUCUGCAAAGCGGGGGAUUCUAGUCCUGCCCUUUCAACAGAUGAUAAGAUUAUUCCCGUUACUAAAGCUCUUAAUUUUGAUGCCAUAGCUGACUUAAACCGUAUUGCCAGAAAGCGUUGUCUCUUGACCGAAUAUCUAAACAAAAGAGAUAGAAAAUCGCGUUUAGCCUGGGAGGGCCAAUAAAUAUUAUUUAUUUAUAACUUUUUGAAAAGCAAAAAUAAUAACUUUAUUUUCAGUAUUAAUUGACCAUAUUUUAAAUGUUUUAUAUUUUUAAUAUGAAUUAUGGUAAGAAAACAUUAUAGAUAAUGCAUAGUUAAAAAAACUUUCACUAUGUUAUUGAUUUGAUAGUCAAUUUAAGUUUUUAUU